UGAGGAAUCAAUACGCCUGCGUACCCCGUACCCACGUGUGUCGGAUUCAUACAAGACAGGAAAGCAGUAUGAGCUGAUAUAGUUAACAAGCAACAGUAGCCCCUUGAUUAAUCCGCCAUGGAGGACCUACCUUCAGAUAUCAAAGUCUUCCUUGUGAAUCACCCUUUUCUUGAACUUACAAACGACGGUAAAAAGAUCAAGUGCACACUCAAUGGACAUGAUUUUCCUUGCAACCUCACAGAGCUUCAGAACUUCACCAAAGGGAAGAAAUAUCAGAAGUUGAGUUCUACUGCAGAGUUCAACUACAGCCAAUAUGAACCACAUGUAGUGCCCAGCUCUAAGCAACCCAAUCACUUGUUCUGCAAGUUGACCCUCAGACACAUCAACCGCCUUCCACACCAUGUCUUACGACAUGUCAAUGGGAAACGCUUCCAAAAAGCAAAGAAAAAAUAUGAGGAGUGUGUGCAACAGGGGGUGGAAUACAUUCCAGCCACCCUCCAACAAAAGAAGGCCAGAGAUGGAGAUGGGGACGGGGAGAGGGGCCGCCACACCCACCGGGGAAGUGGGGCCUGGGCUCCUGACUCCAGUGACAAUGGAGGCAGUGACUCAGAGGAUAGCAUGAGUGACCUGUAUCCAUCCUCUUUCUUUACUCUGAAAAAUGAGACAGAGGAUGGUAUGGAGGUGGAAAAAGAGGAUGACUUUCAAACCGAUGAUGAGGAUGAGAUGGAAGUUGAGAAACAGGCAACACAGAAACGGAAGAAGGUUCAGGCUGGUGGUUUAAAGAAGAAAUGUAAGAAUCAUAAUUGGAAGAGGAAAGGUUUAAAGACAAAUGUUAAUUUAAAUAAUGGAAAAUAAAAUGAGUAUUUCAUGCUGUCUA